UCCCCGGCCAGCCACUUUGGUUGGAAGAUGCUUAAGUGUAGCUGGAGAUGCUAUGUGUCCUUUGUCUCUGAGGAUAAUCGCAGCCCGAUCGCUCUGUGGCCUAGGUGAGGGUGCUUUCCUCUUCGAUCUUUAAUGUGCUUUACUGUUUGUGGUUCCACCGACUCAUAAAUAGAUAGUAGUGAAUGAGGCUUGGGGCUCGCACGGCUAACCCCUCCAGGAUACUCUGUGAGAAAGCCUUGACCUUGCUUCCAUAUGGGACUUCCCUCCUUCUUUGUAGGAUGGAUGAGGAGUUACCGGAUGGGGUUGUCUUCAAAGACCACAACUUCUCCUCUGACUUGUUGACACAGCUCAACGGCUUAAGGCAAAGCAAGAUCCUGACAGAUGUGAGCAUCUGCUCUGGGGCCUGGGAGGUCCCUUGCCACCGCAAUGUGCUGGCUUCCAGCAGCCCCUACUUCAAGGCCAUGUUCUGCAGCCACUUCCGGGAGAGAAGAGAGGCCAAAGUGCAGCUGAAAGGCGUCAGCUCCACAACCCUGGAGCAGGUCAUCACAUACGUGUACACAGGAGAGGUGCACAUCUCAGCGGCCAACGUCCUCCCGCUGAUGGAGGCAGCCGCCAUGCUGCAGUAUCCCAGGAUGUUUGAGGCCUGCUCCUCAUACCUGCAGAGCCAGCUGGCCCCCAGCAACUGCCUGGGCCUGGUAAGACUCGCAGAAAUAUUAAGCUGUGAGAGCCUUAAGGAGAAAGCCAAGGAGGUGGCCCUGACUUACUUCCCUGAGGUAGCAGCAUCAGCUGACAUGAAGGAGCUCUGUGCCCUGGAGUUGAGAGACUACCUGGGAGAUGACAGGCUCUGCGGAGAGGAGGAGAAGGUGUUUGAGGCCCUCAUGGCUUGGGUCAAGCACGACCUCAAAGCCCGGUGGAGGCACAUGCAGGAACUGCUGCAGCAGGUCCGCCUACAGUACAUCCACCCCGCCUUCUUCUACCAUUUCAUCGCCAACGACGCCCUCCUCCAGUCCUCACCCGCAUGCCAGGCCAUCCUGGAGAUGGCCAGGAAGCAGAUAUUCUCUUUGCACAGUCCCAGUGCCCAGGACUGCAAAUUCCUGUGGCACACGCCCCCCAGGAGCUCCUAUCAAGACUUCCUGCUCCUCCUGGGGGGACGGAAAGACAAUCAGCAGACCACCAGGGACGUCCUGCUCUACAGUAUGCGGAGUGGCCAGUGGCAGAGCCUCGCCAAACUCCCCACGCGGCUGUACAAGGCCUCGGCCGUCACCUUGCACCGCAGUGUCUACGUGCUGGGGGGCAUGGCUGUCAGUGAGGGCAAGAGUCUCGUCAGCUGCAGCGUCUAUGUCUUCUCUCUGAAACUCAACCAGUGGAGGCUGGGGGAGCCCAUGCUGGCAGCCCGCUACUCGCACAGAAGUGCUGCCCACAAGAACUUCAUCUUCUCCAUUGGGGGCACUGGAGACGGGCAGGAGCUGCUGGGCUCCAUGGAGAGGUAUGACAGCAUCUGUGAGGUCUGGGAGAGCAUGGCUAGCAUGCCUGUAGCUGUGCUCCACCCUGCUGUGGCAGUGAAGGACCAAAGGCUCUAUCUUUUUGGGGGUGAAGACAUCAUGCAGAACCCCGUGCGCCUUAUCCAGGUUUACCACAUUUCCAGAAAUACGUGGUACAAAAUGGAGACGAGAAUGAUCAAGAAUGUGUGUGCCCCCGCAGUGGUCCUGGGGGAAAGGAUUGUCAUUGUGGGAGGUUACACAAGGAGGAUUCUCGCUUAUGAUCCUCAGUCCAACAAGUUUGUCAAAUGUGCGGACAUGAAAGACCGAAGGAUGCACCAUGGGGCCACGGUGAUGGGCAACAAGCUGUACGUCACAGGCGGACGGCGGCUGACCACGGACUGCAACAUCGAAGACUCGGCCUCCUUUGACUGCUACGACCCCGAGACGGACGCCUGGACGUCCCAGGGGGAGCUACCUCACAAACUCUUUGACCAUGCCUGCCUGACUCUCCAGUGCAUACCUCACAGAGCCAGCCUCUCAUGAGAGCCAUAGGAAACCAUCUCAGUCAAAAUGCCGUGCAGUAUGAGAGACUGGAACCCAGCCCCAAAGUCCCGGAGCUGAGGGGCUCUCUGCACAGGAGUCUUUUGUAUUUUUAAUGCCAGUGGAUGCUUUUUAAAAUGCCAUCCCUACCUCUUGAACCAACCGAUGCCAGAAACUACACUGUUAUAACUGGACAGGUCUAGCUCACAUCCCUCCAGAUGGAAGAAAUGGGGUAAACUAUUUGAUUGGCAGCCCAAACUUCCUCUGGGAAACCUCUUCUGGACACACACACACACCUUCCAAGGUCACCCCUGACAUCCAGAAUGAGAGGGCUAAGGGACUCAAGAGGAACUUUGGGAUCACUCAAGCCAGGGGGCACAGGUGGCAGCAUGUGAAACUGGCUCUGACUGUGCCCUGCAUUUUAUGAAUAUAGCGCAUUGAACUUAGCCUCCGUUCAGAAUCUGCGUAGGGUUUAAAAAAUUAUCCUGCAAUGAAAAACAUAAGAACAGAACAAAGUUUGCUUCUGGUGACAAAUGAUCUUUUCUUCCAGGCUCCAGGGAGCUAUAAAGCUGCAGAAUUAAUCCAGGGUUUCAUUUCAUUAAGAAUGGCUUUUCCAGGAAAAACCAACAGAUUCCCUCAUCAACUGCAGCAGCCAUUACCCUCCGGAUGUCAGGGCUGACCUUCCCUGCAUCCCCUUCACUUCCAAGUGGCCCUCAUACUCACCCAUUGUCAAGCUCAUGAAAAAAGGAGCCCGUCACAGGUUCUCAGUGUUGCCUGAGUGAUCUGAUUACAGGGAGGUUGUUUGGAAACAGUACUGUAUACUCCCAUUCAAGACAGGUGCACGGGGGAGGUCCACUAUUCUAUAUCUCUGAAAGGCAUCCUGAGUGGCCCUAUCAUUCCACCGUGGGGGAGACCUGCAGCCCCGUCCUGCUAUGAGCACUGAAGACCACCAUGGCUAUUCUCUUUCCUAUCCUGGCCAAUGCCAGGCAAUCUCAGUAUUCUAAGUAAUGUUGUUCCCCACCCACGGACGCAUCUGGAAUAAAUUUUGCUCUUCUGUGGCUGGUACUAAAGUGCCCACAUGCUGGAGCCUCUCUCCCUUCCCAGCAUUUCAAAGGCUCCUCCUUUCUUCUCGCUUUCCAUCCUUAGCCCCUCAGGCUCUCUUCAUGAGGUAAUACACUUACCUGUACUCCAGGGAUUCGGCUUGCACCAUUGGCCCUGCCCCUCAGCUUACAUACUGACCCUUUCUCUAACCCUCUCCCCUUUUCUCAGACAGGAUUUCACCUGUUGUGAUUGCAAUUCCUACUUUACAUUGCAAAGUAAAAAGCAGUGCUUGGAGGAGGCCCUCUGCAUAUUGUUCCCCUCCGAGGCCUCUCUAAUUAAAGGAGCCCACUGUCCCCAACACUUCCCCUUAAGACCCUGUGAUCGUUAAUCUGAUUGUAAACUUGACAGGAUCUAGAUUCACCAGGUAGGCACAGCCUUGGGCAUGUAUGUGAGAGUUUCUAGACUGGAUUAAUUGAAACGGAAAGACCCAUCCUAAAUGUGGACAUUGGUGAUGCAGGGGCUGGGGUCCUGGCCUGACUAGAGAGGAGAAUGCCAACUGAGAACCAGUGUUCACCCCUCUGCGCUGCCUGACUGCAGGUGCAAUGUGACCAGUGCCUCCUGUUCCUGCUACCAUCACUCCCACAUCAUACCAGGCUGUCCCUUCAGACUGGGAGCCAAAGCAAGCCAAAGUAAGCCCCUUGGGAGCCAAAGUAAGACUGGGAGCCAAAGUAAGCCCUCCUCCUUUGAGUUGCUUUUGCCAGAGGUGUUGUCAUUGAAACAAGGAAAGUAACUAAAAAACACCCUCAUCUCAUUUGUAAUGAACUGAUGAACCUCUUCCCCUUCUAAUAUCUGUCCUGCUCUCUUCUGUAUUCCCAGGGGCUCUCUCCAGCGGCUACAACAUACAUGUAGAUCUUCC